CCCGCCCACUUGCUCAUCAGCAUGGCUGCGUCUGCAGCUCGCCUGGCGGCUCGGCGGCUUUUCCUGCCGUGGUGUACUCGCCUUGUGCAGGCGUCCGGCUCGGGGGAGCGGUGUGUGCAUAUUGGAACAGGCAGGCUCCGAGCUACCAGAGCAGCAACAGAAGUAAUCUUAAAUGUUCCUGAAACUAGAGUGAGUCCUCUGCAGAAUGGCUUGCAAGUAGCUUCUGAAGACUCUGGACUCUCAACGUGCACAGUUGGACUUUGGAUUGAUGCUGGAAGCAGAUAUGAAAAUGAGAAGAACAAUGGAACUGCUCACUUUCUUGAGCAUAUGGCUUUCAAGGGCACAAAGAAGAGGUCUCAGUUAGACCUUGAACUAGAAAUUGAGAACAUGGGAGCUCAUCUGAAUGCGUACACAUCCAGAGAACAAACUGUCUAUUAUGCCAAGGCUUUUUCAAAAGACUUACCGAGAGCUGUGGAAAUUCUUGCUGACAUAAUUCAGAACAGUACCCUGGGAGAGGCAGAGAUUGAGCGUGAGCGAGGAGUUAUACUUCGAGAGAUGCAAGAAGUCGAGACCAAUUUACAAGAAGUUGUCUUUGAUUACCUUCAUGCCACAGCCUAUCAGAAGACAGCCCUAGGACGGACAAUUUUGGGACCCACUGAAAAUAUAAAAUCCAUAAACCGUAAUGACUUGGUGGAAUACAUAACAACACACUACAAAGGACCCAGAAUGGUCCUGGCUGCUGCUGGAGGAGUCUCUCAUGAUGAGCUACUUGACCUAGCGAAGUGCCACUUUGGUAACUUACCAUCUGCUCCAGAAGGAGGACUACCACCCCUGCCACCUUGUACUUUCACAGGUAGUGAGAUCCGUAUCAGAGAUGACAAGAUGCCCUUGGCACACAUUGCCAUAGCUGUGGAAGCAGCUGGCUGGUCACACCCAGACACCAUCCCACUCAUGGUGGCAAACACUCUGAUAGGGAACUGGGAUCGCUCCUUUGGAGGAGGUGUGCAGAAUCUUUCCAGUAAACUUGCUCAGGUUGCCUGCCAUGGUAACCUGUGUCACAGUUUCCAGUCCUUCAACACGUGCUACACUGACACAGGGCUGUGGGGACUCUAUAUGGUCUGCGAGUCAUCCACCAUAGAGGACAUGGUGCAGUUUGUUCAGAGAGAAUGGAUAAGGCUUUGUACAAGUGUUACAGAAAAUGAAGUAGCUCGAGCAAAAAACCUUCUCAAGACAAACAUGCUGCUACAACUGGAUGGGUCCACACCAAUCUGUGAAGACAUUGGAAGACAAAUGCUGUGUUACAAGCGCCGGAUCCCCAUUCCGGAACUAGAGGCAAGAAUUGAAGCUAUUGAUGCCCAGACUAUUAGAGAAGUCUGCACAAAGUACAUCUGUGAUAAGCGUCCUGCAGUUGCUGCCGUGGGUCCAAUUGAACAGCUGCCAGAGUACACCAAAGUCUGCAGUGGCAUGCAUUGACUCCAUGAGUAGUGACGGAUGAGGACACGCAGUGUGAUCGAGCUUUAAAACCCCAAACCCUGGCACCUACAGUCCUCUAAGUGCAUUUCUGCAACUCAAAGGCUUUGAGAAGAUUAAAGCUGAAGCCAGGCCCGUGUGUCUGUGUAAUUAAGGAAGGAAUGGAAACAUGUACAGUAUUUGCAUUUUUAUUAUAAAACAAAGAUUGUCAGAAGAGUCAUUUCUUGGCUUUAGUAGCAUUCAGCACUUGCUCUUGAGCUGCUUUCUUUGCCUUGACCAUUUCAACGAGUUCCUGGAGAAUUGGGGGGGGGGAAAUGUAAAUGUGGAAAUUGGUAACAAUGCUUUGGUUUGAAUUCUACCCCCAUUCCCCAGAAACACUCUAGCUCUCACUGGAGUAAGGAACUCAGACAGCUUAAGACUUCUGAUCUUACAAAUGAAUACACCAAUGGAAGGUCAGUGCUAAUCUGCAUCCCCUACAAGAGGCUAGGGACAAGGCUUUACCAUCUACAAGAACUUGCUGUAAGAGUGUACAACAGACUUCAUGAGAGUUUCCCACCUUCCAGAACCACUACUUUAACUGAGGAAAACAGUCCUUCUGAGUCCGCUUGGGCUGACUUACUGAAAACCCCCAACAAAACCAAACCCUUUUUCCACAUGGCUCCCUCUUGUGCUAGCUUCCUGUUGUUGGGUACUGUCUUGGUAGGGAAAGCAAAAUAUUCUAAAGGACCUGUGUUAAUGCCAAGCCUGGAGGAGUGGAGGUGCCAGGUGCCUCACCUUGUAUCGCUUCAUGCAGUCUUUUUUUGACCGGCCUGGAACAGCUGCUGCUAUUUUCUCCCAUCUUUCAGGAGUAUUUACUGGGUAAGUCUUCAGUGCUUGUUCUAAAAGCUUUUGUUCUUCUGUAGUCCAAGGAGAUGAAUCUAAAGGCGAUCCUGUUUUUAAAUGCAAAAAGGGACAGUAAGAAGCAAAAAAGAUCUAUUAAAUAAGGAGCCUUUGAGAUAAGCCUGUGAAGACAUUGUAGAAAUUCCAAUUGAUUUAAUGUCCUUACAGUCCUGGGGUACUAAUGUCUGACCUAAGGGCUUCCUACUACUGAAAACCUGAAAGAAAACAAAACCACCUGAAACUGACUGGACAAGUGGCCAAUGGGAUCUUUGCAUAGAGCCCAGAGAAGCUAACAUCUUGUCAGCUGGGUGUUAGCUCACUGCAGCUGUCCUGUGAAGCCUCAUCCUCCGUGUAGCAAAACCCCCUUCAAACAAUCCAGUAAUGGAGCCUGAAUCACUUCAAGUGCUGCAUGCAUUUGUAAGCUGCUCAGUUUGUUCAUAAGCAAGUCUAAAGGAUGUCCUGGAUGAUUUUUGAGCACAGGGCAGACAGCUCUGCAGGAAGGGUUCCCUUUUCACCUUUACCUUCAAACCGUUCUGAGGGGGCAGCACUGUCCAUCUGGGGCACCACACCGUGUUCCUUUUUGAAUUUGUCAAAGGCUUUCUUGUUGAUGUCAUCCUUUUGGUGAGGGUCUGUGAGCAACAGAUAGUGACCAGAAUCAUUAUUGCAACAAAAUCAAAUCCUGAUGCAAUCAAACUUACAAUAAUAAACAGACCCAGAUUCCUGUUUCCUUUUGAAAUCAUGAAGAGGUUAGUGGCUAAAAACCAGAAAAAAAAUUCAGGGUCCAAUAAACUUUCCUCCAAGUGUCA